AUGUCCCACCAUGCUAUAUUUGCAAUAAAUAUGACACUAUUCGUUUUGUCAACGCUAAUAUAUUUAGAAAAGCGUUUAUUGAAUCUUUCUGCAAUUUACAAACAACAGGCGUUGUUAUCCAGUGCAUUAGUAAAUUUGAAUGUUUUUCAGAAUUGGCAAAGUAUUGCUCACUUCAAUAUGCAUUUUAUUUAUUUCGCUUUCUUCGUCUUCCAACUGGGCAAUAUUCAAACAACUGAAGCGCAAACGGAGCAAACAGACCUGUUGGAUUUACUAGUGCAAAAAGUGAGUGAGGAACGGAAUGUAUCAAUAAGUUUACCAAUGCAAGGA